AGCAGCCGGAGCGACAGACUGCGGGGCUAAGUUUGUCCGCCCUGGCUUCCCAUCAGCAGUCAGUCGACGGGGGCUUUGUUUCAUUGAUGAGCCGCCGCCGUCGGUUUGGCUCAGAAUACACACUGAAAAGUACAGGCGUUAGAAACGGUCGUGACUUUUUAUUUUUUUUUGGAUAAAAAAUUUUUGAGCGAGAGAGAUAGAGGAAGGGAGGGAGAGGGAAAGUGCGGCGGACUCCAAAGUUGACAACUCGCUCUUAUGUCUGGUACUUGUUGAACAGGCUGCCGUGUGUACACAACACAACAGCGGAGCCUGUGUGGGCAGCGUGCUGGGAACAGGGUCUUCUGCAUCGCCAUGAGGCAGUGACAGCACAGGGACCGUGAUGGCAGAGCUGGAGAUUGACCAGUCCAACCUUCCACGUGUCCAAGAUGCAGGUGGCCAGACUAUGGGAUCAUGGGAUAAGGACGACAGAAUGACUCGAUGUGGGGAACCAAGCAGAGCUGUGUGCCAGUGUUUUGCUGUCCUGGAGGAUGGAGCGCUGGCACACAACCUGCAGGAGCAGGAGAUCGAGCAAUACUAUACCACCAACAUCCAGAAGAACCAGCUGGUGCAGAACGACAUCCGUGUAGCCAAGAGGCUGCAGGAUGAGGAGGAGGAGCAGCAGGCCCAGCAGAGUGCCAUCCUCAGACAGACGUCCAGACAACUGGAGGAGCAAGACUUUGAGUACGCCCGUAUCAUUCAGGAGGAGAUCCAGCGGUGUGCUGAGGAGGCCCAGAGGAGAGAACAGGAUGAUGAGGAAAUAGCCAAACGAAUGCAGGAAGAGGAGGAGCAGAGAGUCCGGAGGAGGAGGAGCAGAGGACAGGAGGGCCGCAGUGAAGGCAGCACCGGCGAUCCUGCACUGCUGUCCCCACACCAGCACACACUCAGCAGCCUUUACCAAGGAAGGGAUCAGUACUCACCCACCACCACCAGGUGGCAAUAUUCUACCUCUCACAACCGUGACUUAACUGGGCCUUGCGCUGUCUCCCCCAGGGGACGAGCAGCUCAGAAAAAUACAACUUCAUGGUCAAAUCAAGGACACAGAGAUUCCAUUAGGCAAAUCAGGAAUGAGUUGAGAGAGUCUUUGAGUGAGGAUUCAGAGGACUCGGACUCAUGUUUCUCUGAACAACUCUCUGUCUGGUCCCAGAGACUGAAUGAAAGACUCAACACAGCACCUCCUCAACGGCGGGCCUCUUUACAUCAUCCACAAGAGAGAAACUACACACGUCUUUGCUCUCGCAGCAGCUUCACAGAUGAGCUCAGAGGCUGGGAGGAGGAGAGAGGAGAGUGGGAUGAGGGCUAUUAUGACAAUGGUGACAGAGAGAGGACGAGGCCUAGGAAUCAGGAUCAGGAAAGGAACUACAGACAGGAGUAUGAGGGCUGGCACAGGAUCAGAGAUCAAGAUAGAGACUCUAGGUUUGAUGAGGUAAGACAGAGGCAAUGUAGUCGCAGUGAAUCUGUCAGGCUAAAUGACAGGAGUAGACACAGCAGCAGAGACUUAGCAAGGACCUGGAGCUAUAAGGACAACCCCGACAAACAUGUCCACUUUCGGGACGAUACCAGAAGAUCUAACAGGCACCAGGAUGAAGGCAGCCAAGUCUGGGAGAUGCUUGGCCAGGUCCUCAGAGAGAGGGGUGUGCCUGUGAGGUUUGGUGGCAGUGGGGCGCCACUGCAAAUAAGGCCUCAAAGCAGAGACAGCCAGGUGCUUCACGGGAGUGAAGUCUCAUGCUGCGACUCCCAACCACAUCAGAGAGUCUUCCAGAGAGCUGCCACCACCAGGCACAGUUUCCAUGGAGAUAUCAGGGAGAGGAGGAGAUCGUCAUACCAAGAGAACAGUGGGAGAGAUCACAGAGAAGACAGAGACAGGCACCGUGAUAAUGUGAAGCAUGCUGGAGAGGUUUAUGAGAUUAGUAAUAGAGAUACAUAUCUUGCUAACAGAGCACGGCAAGACAGUAGAAGGUGGAGAGGGUACAGAUACGCUAAUGAUGACGAAAGGGAGAGGAAUGCAAAUGAUAACAGGGUCAAGAGGACAGCAAGCGAACGCAGGCAUUGGCACACGACGGUAGAACAAAGGUUAAGCUCAGAGGAGGAGCAGGAGGUGGAGAGGAGAGAAAAGUGGCCACCUCGAAGAGCCCCACAGCGUAGCCAAAGCCUCAGCAGCAGCAGGGCCUCAACCAGGGAUAGGUCAAGGCACAUGGCAGCAGCAGUGUCACUGCAACCAGAGCUGGCUGAGACAAACCUGGACCUUGGGGAGUUGCAGCAGGUCCUACAAGAUGAAGAACUAGCCCGCAGGCUCCAGGACGAAGAGCAAAACCUGUUGAGGAGGAGCUCCCAACCCUCUACCUUUAGUUCUUACCCAGAGGGAGACUUCAGAGUGGCACAAGUGGCACAGGAUGAGGAAAUUGCACAUUUUAUGCAGAAGCAGGAAAUUAAGGUGAAGCGUAGAUCUCGUGAGCUCGAAGGGCCAGCGUCGUGGCGUGAGCACAGAGCAAUGAUCAGCCGCCAUGACAGGCGAGCUGCGAGAGAGAGACAGGUCCAACGAGAAAGACUUGACUCAGAGGGCCUUCCUUCCCCCACUGAGGACUGCUCCCCAGAGAACCUGCCACCUAGUCCCAUCUCCACUUUACCACAAGCCCACCAGAUUAGAAACAUUGCAGAGGAACUGGACCCGACAUUCCAGGCGCGGAGGCAAGACACAGGGAACUUCCGAGUGGGACAAACAGGUCCAGUCUGUCCGUCUCUUCCCAUGGCCCAUUCUGGCUCACAGGACUUUCUUGAGGAGCCUACUUUCAUCCCACCCACAAAGCGGCAAACAGAAAAAUCAGGACGUACUAAACCAAAAGAGAGAAAGGAAAACUGUAAGCAACAAUAAUGUUCAGCACAGUCUCCAGUUGGAGUUCAAAUAUAUUUUAUAACACUAAACAUCAUUUCAGCUACAGAGUUCUCAUUACUCAUUACUUUGAGGUUGAAAAUUACAAGAAUUAAGUUCUACCAGUUGCCCCAUUAGCACUUUAGACCAGUGGAACAAAGUGAACGAGUUGAGAGAAGUGAUAUUUUAGAAUAUUUCUCAAUUAAGUGAGAACACUUUGGACUCAGGCCUUUAUAAUUUUCAAAGGGAAAACUGAGGUUUAUUUGAAGUAUUGUUUGAAUUCUUCAGUGUUUAGUGUUUAAUUUAAACAGUAUACAUUUUUUUAUUAUAUUUUUAACUUUUAUUUGUCUUUAUUUAGCUACUCAGCAUGUUGUCAGUAUCCCAAAUGUCGUGCUUGUUUAGGCAUGUUUAAAGACCUGCAGGCAUUUCUGCAGUUUUUUUUCCUCUUCAAAUUGUACUUCAGAUUUACUUCGACAACAAAUAUACUUAAAGGAAAUAACUAAGGUCUAAUACUUCCUUAGCAUCAGUUUAUCAUUGUAUAAAUAUAGUGUAAUAUUUGGGGAUUUUCCUUUUUUUUAUUUGAUCGACGCCCUGAGCUAUAAACUGUCUAGGGUGUGCUCACAACUCACGCGCAGUUGUGCUAGAUUCAACACUUGACAUUUGAACCAAGAAUAGAAAACAAGAAGUUACUGUCAUAACCCUUGAACCUGUGACGUGGUUUUCGGCCAAGCUACUUUAAGACAUCCACAUUUGGAGUGUUUGCCAACUUUGUUUCACAGCAGUUUGGCAGGACUCCUGUUAUGUUUACAGCGGCGCAAUGACAAUCAAAUGGAUUUGUUUAGUCCUUAUUUAAAUUGAAAUCACAUUUGCUGAAAAUAUAUAUUGCAACUGUCAGCAAUCCUUUUUAUGUUAAAGUGCUUUCUGAGAUCCAAAUGUAAAUAUAAUCAAUUCGUUAGCUGAUGUGGAUGUUCAGUCUCUGGUUGAACACCUCACAGGAAACCAGCACUAACAGCAAGGGUAUGCUUUUACACACAUAUAACCAUUCUCUAGUCUCAGUGUUUUGUUUGUUUUCAAAAUUUCUUUUUGUUUGUUUGUUUGUUUUCUCUUCUUUUCUUCCCUUUUUUUUCCACAAAUGAAAUAUGUCACUGCUUUGGUGGACCACUAUGAAUGCGUCUCUUCUGUAAAAAGGUGCAACAAAUAAAAUAAA